CCUUUGAGGUGCUCUCUCUCCAGAUGAUGGAGGUGAACAGAACACACAGCAGCCUGGGGAUACCCUAGCAACCAGCCUGCCUGCUCCUCCUUGUACCCUGGGGCGGCUGAAACUCAGCUGGUCCUGGAAGUUUGCAGUGUUCCUUUGGUGGUGUCAUGAUUCCCUGAUUCUUCAUGAGCCCUGUAGCCUUGCACAGGUGCCUGUAUAUGUGAAGAAGAAGUUGCCUCUUCCAGACUUUAUGGACUGACUUUGGGUUAAUAGAGACACAGAGGAGACAUAAAUACAACAUCCGAUAAAUGGAAAACAAUAAAUCUAAGAAAAAGACUUACAAAUCUAAGAAAUGGCCUCUGAGAUGGCUGUUUAGAUACAGAUACAAGAGAGACAAAAGGGCAGACCAUCAUUGGUCACCUCCCUCAGAGGGGUUGGCUCCGCCAGUGUUAGGGUCGCAUAACACCACUUAUAAUGAUUAUCAGAAUGAAUAUGAAGAGGAUGAGUAUAGUUCACUGUCUUCUUGUAGAGUUUAUCCUGAGGAAUACUAUGGGUGUGAAAUUUUUGAUGAUGUCUCAAAUUAUGGUGAUGUGAUGACAGUAAAGCCAUCAUUGCACAACAUUACUCCCGAGCCUGAACUCUUUGGGGAUGAGGCUACCAGGACCCCAGUCAGCAGCAUAGCAGAAGAGGACUCUACACGGAGAGAAGAAUCAGGAGUUAGUUGCUCAUCAGACAAGCAAGUAGUGCCCUCCUUGGCUGCUACACUCUCUUCUCAGGUUAAACUAGCUUGUAAUAGUAAUCAGUUUCUGGGACCUGGAGGAAUUGUGGAUGUUGAGUUGGUCGAUCAAAGCACAAACGGAUACAGGAUACACCUCCCCACGGCCGGCUGCUAUCUGUGGCCAGCCACACACCUUGGCUUCCUGGUAAGGGCGGCAGUGACUGUGGAGAUUGCGUUCAAUUCUUGGGGUCAGCAUCUGGACCUGGACCUGCAGCACCAUGACCAGUGGAUGGUGGCGGGACCCUUGUUUGACAUCUCCAUGGAGCCUGGGGAGGCCGUUGCUGAACUCCACCUCCCCCACGUCAUCUCCCUCCAAGAUGAGGUCGAUGUUUCCUGGUUCCAAGUUGCCCAUUUUAAGGAGGAAGGGAUGAUCCUGGAGCGGCCAGCCCGGGUGGAGCCUUUCUAUGCCGUCCUGGAAAACCCCAGCUUCUCUCUGAUGGGAAUCCUGCUGAGUAUUGCCAGGGGGACCCGUCUCUCAGUCCCCAUCACUUCCACAGCACUGAUCUAUUGUCACCUCCACCCUGAAGAUAUUAAAUUCCACGUGUACCUUAUUCCCAGUGAUUCUGUGCUAACAAAGGCAAUAGAUGAUGAGGAAGCUAGGUUCCAUGGUGUGCGUCUACAGACCUCGCCCCCAGUGGAACCCCUGAACUUUGGUUCCCGUUACAUUGUGUCUAGUUCUGCUCACCUGGAAAUAAUACCAGAGGAGUUGAAAUUGUCCUACAGAAGCCCAGGAGAAAUCCAGCCCUUCUCUAAAGUCUAUGCUGGGAAGAUGAAGGAACCAAUCGAACUUGAAAUCACUGAAAAAAAACAUAAGACUUUGGUCUGGAAAACUUUGGUGAAGCCAGUGGAUCUCCAGUUUGGUGCUGCAUCAGCCCCUCUUGGUUUCUCAGGUGCAGCCUUUGUGAGGCAGCAUCACCGACAGCUCCAAGCCAGAAUGGGGGACCUGAAUGGGGUGCUGGAUGAUCUUGAGGACAGUGAGGUCCUCACUGAGAAUGAGAAGAAGCUGGUGGAGCAGGAGCAGACACGGCAGAGGAAGAAUGAGACCCUGCUGAGGCUGGUGAGGAAUAAAGGGGACCAGGCCCUGGAGCUGCUCUUCAGAAGCCUUGCUGAAAGAGACCCUUACCUGGUGUCCUACCUCAGACAGCAGUAUAUAUAACAGUGAUUCGGAUAGAUACUCAGGAAGAGGGAAUCCAGUGUUCUCCACUGGAAAUGGAUAAAUGGAAAUGUGAUCAUUGGGUUCAGUAUCCAAGACAUCUGGGUAACAUCUAUCCAUCACACAGGCUGUAUUGAGGACUAAUAUGUAACUCAGCAGAUACCUCUGUACUGUAUCCUAAUAUCUUAACCUCAAGAUAUCUGAGGAGUGUAGUAAUAUUUCUACUAAAUAUUUUCUAAGCCCGGCUACAAAAAUCACUAUUUCAUCCACUGGCACACUUCUUGGAGGCCAAGGGUGGAGGAAGGCAAAGGCAAGUGUGUUUAUGAUUGACAAGGCCCAGGGAGGCAAAUUCUCCUGAUUCAUGUGGAAAGCAAUUCCAGUGAACAUUCCAUUUGCAGUCUCACCUUCUCACAACUAAAGCCAGGAAUGCUUACAAAAACUCUCUGUUGUGAACAUUCAAGACUUUCACAAGUAUUCCUGGUGGUGUUUUUAGAAAUGUACUGUGCCUUGAACAUUUUAUCUAAUGCUAUUAUUACUAAAAUGAUGUAAAUACAUUUGAUAGAAUAGAGCAAAGGAAUGGAAAAAAUGCAAACAUGGAUAGAAAACCUUUUGCCACUAUAUAUAAGCUGGUAACAGGAACAGACAGGCCAAAUUUUCAUGGAACAGCUCCAUGGAACACAUAGAUGGAGUGUCGAUUAGUGGACCAGCAAGAGGAAAAUGAGGAGCCUCAAGCUAAUUCUGUGAGGUACAUUAGCCUUUCUAGCUGAGUACCUCACAAAAGUAAGCAGAACACAAUAUUUGGAUUGUACCUUUUGACCCUGUCACUUUAUAUCCUUUCCAGCUGUCUUUUGAUUAGUGUUUGCAUGGCACAUCUAUUUCUAUCCUUUUACUUUUAACCUACUUAUUUCAUUACAUUUGAAGUGUGUUUCUGGAAAACAGUAUAGCUGGGUCAGUUGGGUCUUUUUUUUUUUUAAAUCCAUUUUGAGAAUCUCUGCCUUUAAUGGGUGUAUUUGGCCAUUUACAUUUAAUGUAAUUAUUGACAUGUUAGGAUUUAACUUGGGUCAGCCUUUUAUUUUUUGUUUUCUGUUUGUUCCCUUUGUUUUGCAUUCUUGUCUUUCCUUUCUUACCUUUUAAGGGUUAUUUGAAGAGUUUUUAGUAUUCCACUUAAUUUACCUAUUGUGUUUUUGAUAAUAUAUGUUUGUGUAUUUUUAGUGAUUGCACUUGAGAUGAAAAUAUACGGACUGAAUUCAUCACUGUUUACUAGUAUCAAUAGUGUACCAAUUAAAGUAGAAUCUGGAAACCUUACCACCAUUUAGGCCAUGGUACCCUUCCCCUUUUAUGAUACAGUUGUCUUCAGUAUCACCUCUCUUUAUAUAUUAAAAUUCCAAUCAGAAAAAAUGUUAUGUUUUUUACUUUCAAUUGUUGAGUAUGUUUCAAGAACCCAUGAGGAGUGUAAUCUAUUAA